CGCGAUGUCGAAACCUAAAAGGGCUCACUGGUCUUGGCGCCAUUUUGUCUCACUAACGCAGGCGCCGCUUUCUCUCACUAGCGCAGGAACUCGCCGACUAUCUUUCUCCCUAGAUCCCUACCCAGACAAGCCUCUCUCUCUCUCUAAAAAAACCAGGUUAAGAAAAACGCGCCAAUUCUUCUCUCCGGGAGUCGUUUUUGAAUUGCACCAUUGAAAUAGGGUUUAAGAAAGAAACUUGGAUGAUUAUUUUCAUUUUGAGCUGAAAUUUAGGAGAUGGGGAAGAAGCAGAAGAAGCCUGGAAAGGGAAAAGAGAAGACAGAGAGGAAAACAGCGAAAGCAGAAGAGAAGAGAGGGCGCAGAGAAAGUAAGAAGAUCUCGCAGGAAGAUGACAUUGAUGCAAUUCUGGCCAGUAUACAGAAGGAAGAAGCAAAGAAAAAGGAAGUUCAUGUUGAGGAAAAUGUGCCUGCCCCUUCUCUGCGAUCCAAUUGCUCGUUGAAUGUAAACCCAAUGAAGGAAACUGAGUUGAUUUUGCAUGGAGGAGAAUUUUACAAUGGUAACAAGACAUUUGUAUAUGGCGAUCUCUAUCGGUACAAUGUUGAAAAGCGUGAAUGGAAAUUGGUCUCGAGUCCAAACAGCCCCCCACCACGAAGUGCCCACCAGGCAGUUGCAUGGAAGAAUCAUCUUUAUUUAUUUGGUGGUGAGUUUACUUCGCCAAACCAAGAACGUUUCCAUCAUUACAAGGAUUUUUGGAUGUUAGAUCUAGUCUCCAAUCAAUGGGAACAGAUAUCAUUGAAAGGGUGUCCAAGUGCACGCUCAGGCCAUCGGAUGGUUAUUUACAAACACAAGCUUAUUGUCUUUGGUGGUUUCUAUGACACACUACGAGAAGUCAGGUAUUAUAAUGAUCUGCAUGUUUUCGACUUGGACCAAUUCAAGUGGCAAGAAAUAAAGCCCAAACUAGGGAGCUUGUGGCCAAGUGCACGAAGUGGUUUUCAAUUUUUUGUUUUUCAGGAUGAGAUAUUUUUAUAUGGUGGUUAUUCUAAAGAAUGUGACAAGAAUAGUUCCGAGAAAGGAAUUGUUCAUUCCGAUUUGUGGUCCCUUGAUCCAAAGACCUGGGAAUGGAGCAAGGUAAAAAAGAUUGGGAUGCCUCCUGGACCUCGGUCUGGGUUUUCCAUGUGUGUACAUAAGAAACGAGCUUUGCUUUUUGGUGGUGUGGUCGAUAUGGAAGUUGAAGGUGACAAUCUUUGGAGUUUGUUCUUGAAUGAGAUCUAUGGUUUUCAACUAGAUAACCAUCGAUGGUACCCGUUGGAGUUGCGGAAGGAAAAAUCAACUAAAGACAAGGCAAAAGGAAGCAAGAAAACUGUGCAGCAAGAUGAUACUCUUCUCAAUGGCAACAAGGACCCUGUCGAUAAUUUGGAGAAUUCCGAACCUGAUAGGGAAGUACCACUUGGGGUGGAAAGUGAUUUUGUUGAGCUGUCAAUCAACUCGUAUUCUCAACAAAAGCUUGAUAGAGGAAAUAUAGGCUCCAAUAAGCAGGCAUGCAUAGAAUCUGAGGUAGUGAAGCCUUGUGGACGAAUCAAUGCUUGUGUUGCUGUGGCACGAGACACACUUUACCUGUAUGGAGGUAUGAUGGAGCUCAAAGAUCGAGAAAUUACUCUGGACGAUCUAUACACACUUGAUCUGAGCAAACUUGAUGAGUGGAAGUGCAUAAUACCGGCGUCUGAAUCAGAAUGGCUUGAAGUUAGUGAAGAUGAAGAUGAAGAGUGCUCCGAAGAUGAAGACGAAAAUGAUAGUGGCAGUGAUGAUGCUGAGACCGAUGAUGAUGAUGACGACGACGAUGAUGAUGAAUUAGAGGUUAGGGGCGACGAGAAAAAUACUUUGGGAAUGGAAUCAGCAGUUGCCCUAAUCCGAGGUGAGACUAAGAACCUGCGCAGAAAAGAGAAACGGGCUCGUAUAGAGCAGAUAAGAGCCAAUCUUGGCCUUUCAGAUUCUCAGAGGACACCAAUGCCUGGAGAAUCCCUCAGAGAUUUUUAUAAGCGGACGUCUAUGUACUGGCAAAUGGCUGCUCAUGAACACACGCAACACACUGGAAAGGAGCUUCGGAAAGAUGGAUUUGAUCUUGCCGAGGGCCGCUACAAAGAGCUACUACCUAUUCUUGAAGAGUUAGCCAAACUAGAGGCAGAGCAAAAGGCUGAGGAAGAAAUCCAAGAGACCAGUUCGAGAAAACAAGGCAAUAGAAAGACCAAGAAUCGUGUAUCAAACAGCUUGCAUGCUCCUCUUUGACGCUUCCAUCAAUUCUGCCUCACUUGCCAGCAUCGUUCUUGGCAAAAGAUAGUGUGCGCCCACGGUAGUAUACUGUCUAUUUGCUCCCUCAGGUAAAACCCCAUCUAGGAUUAAUGUUAGGACCCCAAGUUUUUGUUUGGGAUGUAAUCUCUUUGACUCAUAUAUUAACCUAGGCUAAAAGUUUCUUAAUUGUACCAUCUAUGUACUUGAAAAAAAUAAAAUAAUGUCUCCAAUUUUUAGAGGGUGAAAUCUAAGUAUUAGAAAACUCUA